CCCUACUUCCCUCCACUGGCCCCCAAAACACAGCCAUAAUGAUCCUCCAAGUGAAGAGCCCUGAGCAGCAGCAAAAGCUCCAACAGCAAAGUAUCCAGGGCCCCGGCCAGCCAGCUAUUUCUGGAAGCUUUUCUAAUUGCAUGGGUAGGGUCAGACUCAGCCUACUGUGUCCCAGGCCAGUGCUGCGGUUAUUCGGCUGAUGGAAGAGGAAAUGGAGAAGGUGACCUAAGCAGCGACCGUGGCGAGGAUCUCCGGACAGACUGGCCUCUGCAGCUCCAGAAACAACUUCUGCAAGAAUUCACUCAGACCCUGCCUGGUCCCACCCACUGCCUGUGGGGCUGGGCAAGUCACCAAGGGAAAAUGACAGUGGGUCACAGAUUUCCUAAGCCAUCAGGCGCGACCUGAGCGCGCUGUCUUUCCUCCAGACCUCGGUUCUCCCGGCCCCAGAACCAGGGUGGUAAGGAUGCACCUAAUUUCUCCGCGGGCCUAGGCUGGGGCGGGCGGCGGAGCCCGGCAGCUGCUGCAGCCGCUCUCCUUCCUGGUUCUCACCGACCAGGGCAAGAAGGCUUGUUCCUAUGGUACAACGAGGAAACCAAUGGCUGUGACCAUGGCGUUCUUCCGGGUGUGUCUAGUGGUAGUGACAGCCAUCAUCAACCACCCCCUGCUGUUGCCGAGGGAGAACACCACCGUCCCCGAGGACGAGGAGGAGAUCAUCCGCCAGAUGCAGGCCCAUGAGGAGAAGCUACAGCUGGAGCGGCUUCGCCUGGAGGAGGAGGUGGCCCGGCUGGCGGCCCAGGAGGCCCUGGAGUCAGUGGCCGACGAGGGGCAGCAGCAGCAGGAGGCCCACGCCGCCUGGGACCUCUGGAGCACUCUCUGCAUGAUCCUCUUCCUCAUCAUUGAGGUGUGGCGGCAGGACCACCAGGAUACGCCCCUGCCUGCGUGCCCGGGUGGGGAUGAGGACGAGCUGCCCGGGCUGGGCACGGCCCCACUGCAGGGCCUCACCCUGCCCAGCAAGGCCACACUCGGCCACUUCUACGACCGCUGCAUUCGGGCCUCCACAGCUGAUGCUGCACGCACCAGGGAGUUUGUGGAAGGUUUUGUGGAUGACCUGCUAGAAGCCCUGCGGAGCCUCUGCGACCGGGACGCAGACAUGGAGUUGGAGGACUUCGUGGGCGUGGACAGCAUGUAUGAGAACUGGCAGGCCGAGCGGCCACUGCGGUGCAGGCUCCUCGUGCCCUUUGUGCCCCCCGAGCCCUACUGCUUCCACCCGGAGCUCUGGUGCUGCGGCCACCCUGUGCCCCUGGACCACCAGGGCUAUGGCCGGAUCAAGGUGGGCCAAGCCGGUGGGGACGCACUGGGCUGUGUCUGUGGCAAGACCAAGCUUGGGGAAGACAUGCUGUGCCUGCUCCACAGCCAGAGCGCCGGGGCGCAGCCCAGCCGCGGGGUGGAGGACCUGCUGUGCGCCCGCGAGUCCCCCUACCUGGAUGCCAUGCGGGUCAUGAAGUGGUUCCAGAUGGCCCUCACCCGAGCCUGGCACCGCAUUGCCCACAAGUACGACUUUGACCUGGCCUUUGGUGAGCUGCACUCGCCAGGGUCACUGAAGAUCAAGUUCCGCUCAGGGAAGUGCAUGCCCUUCGAUCUGAUGCCGGCCAUCCAGUGCGGUGACUCCGACCUGUACUUCGUCUCCCGCCUCUCCAGGGAGCCCUCUGGGGGCGGCCCGGCCUCCAGCACUGACUGGCUCCUGUCCUUCGCUGUCUACGAGCGUCACUUCCUCAGGAUGACAUCCAAGGCACUGCCGGAGGGUGCCUGCCACCUCAGCUGCCUGCAGAUAGCCUCCUUCCUGCUCUCCAAGCAGUGCCGCCUGACGGGCCCCAGUGGGCUGGGCCGCUACCACCUGAAGACGGCCCUGCUGCACCUCCUGCUCCUGCGGCGGGCUGCUGACUGGAAGGCCGAGCAGCUGGACGCACGCCUGCACGAGCUGCUCCACUUCCUGGAGAAGAGCCUGCUUGAGAAGAAGCUCCAUCACUUCUUUGUGGGCAACCGCAAGGUGGCCGAGGCCAUGGGACUUCCCGAGGCCGUGCGGGAGGCCGAGCCUCUAAACCUGUUCCGGCCCUUUGUCCUGCAGCGAGGUCUCUACCGGAAGACGAUGGACUCAUUCUAUGAGAUGCUUAAGAAUGCCCCAACCCUCAUCAGAGAGUACUCCGUCCAUGUCCCCUCUGACCAUGCCAGCCUGCCCCCUAAGGCUGUCGGCUCAUAGAGCAUGUGGGAUCUGAGGCCCGGAAGGAGGGCAUCCUACACAUCCACCCCACUGGGCUCUGGGUCCCGGCCUCACCCUUCUGAGAAGACACAGGCUUGGUGGGCACAAGAGGGUCAGUCUGAAGGAAACCAGGGCUUGCAGAGUAGAAGCAGGGCAUUUCUACCAAAUGCUGACCGGCUUCCUUCAUGGUGGGCUCUGUGGGCAAAGCUGAUGUGGGCUUGAGAACUGGUCCUUUGCGGAGUGUUUCAGGGUCACUGCACUUGGCUAAGGUGGUGACAGCACUCUGGACCCAAGCUACAGAAAAUGAAAUGCUAGUUUGAGUGAAAUCCUUCUACAUCCCAGGACUAAUUGUGCUGCAUGUCAACAGCAGAUCUAUAAAGAUGCUGCUACUGGGGACCCUGUGUUAAGACCCAGCAGCCAGUGCCCGGAAGUCCUUGGCCCCAGCUGUUGAUAGCAAAAUGCAAACAGUGGCACCUGUGGGAAUUCAUAGCUCUUGGCUGCGUCAUGCACAGCUGUGGGGUACAUGGUGGUUGCCACUUUCUUGAACUGUUUGAGAAAAACAGUAGAUUCAGGCCCGUGAGACUAAUGUAUACGUGCUGUCGAAAAGUAUGAAGCUGGCCGCUCCUCUCAGGCGCACCCCACCCCGCCCCUGGGUGCCGUACUAGGUGCCAUUUACAUACUGGGUGCUAACUCAGUAGCCCCUUGCUUCUCUGUGCUCUCCAUAGCUGGUCACCGGUGCGACAAGAGGAAGGCAUGGGCAGGUGGUGGAAACUCAUCUAGAGAAAGCCUGCAGUGUACCCCAGGCCGGAGGACCAACUGCCAUUCCUGAGUUGUCCUUAGCAUUCCUAUCCUAGGGAAGGCCCGGCUUGGAAGCAAGAGCUGGGUAGAAACAAGCUCCCUGGCCCAAAGGCUGCCCCAUGCCUCAUCUUUGGGACCUGCUCACUGCACAGCCCUCCCCUUCCUGUUGGGCCCUGCCCACCACCCAAAUGCCUUGGACCUUCCCAUCCCAGUGGGGCAGGGGCAAGCUCCCAGG